AUACCGAACCCCUCUGUCAGUUUUAUUAUAGUGCGAAAAUCUUAAAACCAUUCCAUAACCUUUCUCUCUCUCCCUCUCCCUCUCUCUCUCUCUAAACCUUGCGUCCUCUGCAAUCGAACCUUCUGUUUCAAUGGCUAACAGCAAUCUACCUCGAAGGAUCAUCAAGGAAACUCAGCGUCUCCUCAGCGAACCUGCACCAGGAAUAAGUGCAUCACCUUCAGAAGAAAAUAUGCGGUAUUUUAAUGUAAUGAUACUUGGUCCAUCACAGUCCCCUUAUGAAGGAGGGGUAUUUAAGUUGGAAUUGUUUUUGCCUGAAGAAUACCCAAUGGCUGCCCCCAAGGUUCGGUUUCUCACCAAAAUCUACCAUCCUAACAUUGAUAAGCUUGGAAGGAUAUGCCUUGAUAUUCUUAAAGACAAGUGGAGUCCUGCUCUUCAGAUUCGAACUGUACUCUUGAGCAUUCAAGCACUUUUGAGUGCCCCAAACCCAGACGAUCCUCUGUCUGAGAACAUUGCUAAGCAUUGGAAAACAAAUGAAGCUGAGGCCGUCGAAACAGCGAAAGAAUGGACCCGUCUAUACGCAAGUGGCGCAUGAUGAAGUGGUGGAGAUAGGGCUUCCCCGGAAACAUCGGGCUAUGCAAUGUAUCUUAUAAUGACUGUUGAAUUUAGUGGAAAUCUGAAAGGAUUGAUGCUCGAAAAGAAUACUCUCAAACCUUCCAAACACUGAUGAUAAUUAUUUUGUCACUUUGAAACCUUUUGUUGAAAUUGUAUAAAUCGGUAAUAUAACUUGCGUCUCUAA